AUGGCAUAUUCCUUUUCUCUUUCGGCCUUGAUUAAUGAACUUCGUCAACAGAAAUGGACACGACGGCUGAUUAUUGUAAUGGUAGAAUCUCAGGUCACGAUAACAUAUAAUGAUGGAGGUGACACAAAUGAAGGCUCUAAUUGUGUGCGAAUACAACUUAUACCUUCACCGCCUAGUUCAUGA